AUGGCUUCAGACAGCAAUUGUCUCUGGAUUAUUGCUGCCCCAGAAUCAAAUUUCAACGAAAUUGCAACAGUCAAUGUCUGUAGCCACGAGGUUCCAAUUCCUGCCUAUUGGCGCAUUGUCCAACUGUACACUGAUGGCAAGACAGAAGACGAAAUUGUUCAAGAGGUUAUCCAAUAUACUGGCAUUGAAACUCUCCGGGUAGUCGCCGAAGUCGUAAGCAGCAUUUUGGACAAUCAGCGACGGAUUCUUUCCACAACUACUGCUCAGCCCAGCCGCUUCAGUCUGGCAGUCCGGAAGCCAAAAAAUGUCAGUGCUUAUCGUGCUGCGCGGAUCGAGGCUCGUCAAGACCUUCGCGCCGCAGAAGCGAGACUGCAUGCGGCAAAGAGCCAUGAAAAGCAUCUGCUUACUGACGCUAUGAUCCUUUCACGAGCAAAAGAACAACUAGACCGUGAAGAUGUUGACUUAUGUACACGACAGAGAAGGCUUUCGGCGGUCGAAGAACGAAUGAAACACGUACUGGAAGAGCACAAAGACGUUGAAGCAGAGAUCGAGUAUGCGAAGCGGCUCACGAUUAUUCAUAGGGCUUCACUGGCAUGA